UUCCCGCGAGCUAAUACGCUGUGUGGCGUGUUGUAUUCCGCGCAAGUGUGUGGUUCGAGCAACUUGUUCUCACGGAUCAAAUUUUUCUUCUUAAAAUAUAACACAUGAAAUAACACUUGUCUUGUUUAUUGGAAUAGAUCAUAAAUACUGUGUAGUGUGUUGUAGUAGUGUUUAUUAUAAUUCAUUGAUGCAGGAUAUACUUAUUUCAGUAUUCUUGUUGGAAUAGUGUCGACCGAGUGAGUCAUCCAACAUUAUUCUGUCUGGUGUAGCCUUAGCCCUAACCUUUCUUGGCGGGAUUUUACGUCUCUGGUUCAUGCGUGUGUUUUAAGUUUUCACCAAGAGCGAUGGGAAAAUUGUGUGGUGAAAGAAGUGUGUAGCACUCAGUAAUGCUUUUUAUUGUUUUAUUUUAACCUUGACGCCCACUGCUUGAAAAUUGAUUUGUACUUCGCCAAACGUGCCAACAUGUAUCCGAAUCGACAUCCGGGACCUCAACCGGGCCAGCCAUUUAAGUUUACAGUGGCUGAAUCAUGUGAUCGUAUUAAAGAAGAAUUUAGUUUCCUGCAAGCACAGUAUCACACGCUGAAAAUGGAGUGUGAAAAGUUAGCCCAAGAAAAAACAGAAAUGCAAAGACACUAUGUUAUGUAUUAUGAAAUGUCAUAUGGACUGAAUGUGGAAAUGCACAAACAGACUGAAAUUGCCAAACGUUUAAAUGCGAUUUGUGCUCAAGUUAUUCCUUUUUUAUCACAAGAGCAUCAACAACAAGUUGCUGCAGCUGUUGAGAGAGCCAAACAAGUUACCAUGCAGGAGUUAAAUGCAAUAAUAGGGCAACAGAUGCAGGCUCAACAUUUGCCUCAUGCUCAUGCCCCACCUAUUCCUCUAACUCCCCAUCCUGCUGGACUACAACCCCCUAUUCCACCUGUAUCUAGUGGUUCAAGUUUUCUGGGCUUUCCACAAGGGGCUUUUCCUAUGCCCCAUGCUCUAGGUGCAUUAAAAGGAGAGGAUAAAGGAAAUGAUGAUAAGCAUAGACGCUCAGCUUCUCCAUUAGAAAGAGAUAAAUUUCGUCAUAGAAGUAGAACACCAGAAGUAAGUGAACAAUCAAAAAAGAGAAGAGCUGAAGAGAAGGCAGCAGAUAGUGAUGGAGAAAAGAGUGAUCAAGACCUAGUGGUUGAUGAUAAUACAUCACCAGCCAAUGGUGAUAUGUCACCAAGAGAGAAGCAUGCACUUAAAGAUGGGAUUAAAAAAGAAGAGAGGGAUAGGGAUAGAAUGAGUCCUAGGAGUGAUGCUUCAUCACAUGCUAGCUCCACAUCAUCCAAACCCAAAGAGAAUGAAAAGGCAGGAACACCAGUUUCUAAGCCAGCCACACCCACUAGCUCAGGCAGCACAACUCCAGGGCCAUCAGCUGGUGUUAAACAUGGUUAUCCAUUCAUAGCACGCAGUGGUGCCAACAUGAACUCAUCAGAACUGAGUCCCAUUCCUUAUACCUCAGCCGGCCCACUUACCAAUGGUCUUGCAGCCAGUGGACUCAACAGUUUUCCAAGAGCUCCAAUGGUGGGGUUUGAAGGAGCACAUAGUGCAAUGAGACCAACACUAAGCAGUGUUUCUGGGGGAAAACCAGCAUAUUCAUUCCAUAUAAGUGGUGAUGGCCAAAUGCAACCUGUACCAUUCCCUCCUGAUGCUCUUAUUGGACCAGGUAUUCCCAGACAUGCAAGGCAGAUUAAUACGCUAAACCAUGGAGAAGUUGUGUGUGCUGUUACUGUUAGUAAUCCCACACGGCAUGUAUAUACAGGCGGAAAAGGUUGUGUUAAAGUUUGGGAUAUCAGUCAGCCUGGCAACAAAAGUCCACCCAUUUCUCAGUUGGAUUGUCUGCAAAGGGAUAACUACAUUCGAUCAAUAAAAUUGUUACAAGAUGGGAGGACACUUAUUGUAGGAGGUGAAGCAAGCACAUUGUCAAUAUGGGACUUAGCAUCUCCGACUCCAAGAAUAAAAGCUGAGCUAACUUCAAGUGCCCCUGCUUGUUACGCUCUUGCUAUCAGUCCUGAUGCCAAAGUAUGUUUCAGCUGCUGCAGUGAUGGUCAUAUUGCAGUUUGGGACCUCCACAAUCAGACUCUAGUCAGACAAUUCCAAGGCCAUACAGAUGGUGCCAGCUGCAUUGAUAUAUCGCCAGAUGGAACAAAACUUUGGACAGGAGGCUUGGAUAAUACUGUUCGCUCAUGGGACCUUAGAGAAGGUAGACAGCUUCAGCAGCAUGAUUUCUCCUCUCAGAUAUUUUCAUUAGGAUACUGUCCAAAGGGAGAAUGGUUAGCCGUGGGUAUGGAAAGCAGCAAUGUUGAAGUGCUGCAUCAUUCUAAGCCGGACAAAUAUCAACUACAUCUCCAUGAAAGCUGUGUUCUGUCUCUUAAAUUUGCUUAUUGUGGUGAAUGGUUUAUAAGCACAGGAAAAGACAAUUUGUUAAAUGCAUGGCGUACACCUUAUGGUGCAAGUAUAUUUCAGUCAAAGGAACCAUCAUCAGUGCUGAGUUGUGAUAUUUCUGCUGAUGACAAAUACAUUGUAACCGGUUCAGGUGACAAGAAAGCAACAGUGUAUGAGGUUAUCUUUUAAAAGAUUUCCUGGAUGUAUUAUAUUUCUCAAUGGAGGUUUGUUUUCAAUGAAGACCAGUACUAAAUGUUCAUUCAUUGGAUAUAGAUGCCUUCUCUGAAUUGUGUAGGGUUCAUUGGGAUGUAAUUAUGGAUUUAUUGGAUAUUCACUACCAUCAUAACAACAAUUUCAGUUCUGAAUGAAUUCAGUUGUUUUCCAUGUAGUUAUGGAGGAACGGUGAUUCUGGGAUUUACCAAACUAAUGGACUAACAGUAUGGAAUAUAUAAUUUUAUAUAUACCUUUGCUUACUUGAAGUAAUGUUACGAUGUGGUGCAUUCAUAAUGCCUGUUGUGCUGGAUACAGUUACAACUAAAUAUUAUUUCUGAGUGGAUUACACUGUUUGGAAUUAACAGAAAGGCAGUGUAGUGGAACGUUACUUGAAUGCUGGACUUUCUGUCUUAAACUUUUGGAUUUGUGUAACCAAGAGAGCAGGAAUUUCCUAUGGUUAAUUCCUGACAUUUUGAUUGCCUCAUCCUCAGAUGUGUUCUGAGAAUAAAACAUAAUAGUAUUUUUUUGCAUGUGUGAGUUCAUUCAUUGUUGAUCAGUGAGUCUUUUAAGAAGUUAAUGUGUUCUUUGGUAAAUUUUAUUUUUUAAGUAUUUUUUGUACUGAAUGUGUGUUUCUUACUGCCAGGGAUUUAAAAAAAAAAUAUGACUUGUAUAUAGACCUGAUGUUGCAUAGACAUAAUAGACAUGACGGAAAACAGCUGUUCCAUAUCAAUGGUAAGAUUUUGUUGUGAGGGAUUACAAAGUAUAUGGACAUUGAAUGAGUUGUCUAGUUUGUGCUGCUUUGCUUACUUUGUUGGUUCUUUGUGCUAAGUAAAAAAACAAAAAAUGUUUGCAUAUAAAAUAUCUUCAGUUCAAACUUUAUAUAAAGCUAUGCCAUUUUAAUAUAUUUUAUAAUGCCAACCAUUACUUUAUACCUUCCUAAAUUAGUGCUGUAAAUGGCAUCUGGCGUUAAAUGGGUGUUUAUUGUUUAUUUUGUGUAUUGUUUAUAUAAGCUUGACAUGUUUAUAUUGAUCUAAAUAAAAAUUGUAUGUUUAGAUGGCAGAAAUAUUUGCUGUACAAAAAUUCUUUAAAUAUGGCUAAGCUCUAUCAAAACAGUGUCUGGUUCUGAUAGAAUACUGUCUGUCCAGUUAUUCUUAUCUUCAACUACAUUCUAAGUCAGGGGUCUCCAAACUUUUCAGCCCGAGGGCCGCAUUAACUAUCAAAUUUGAGUUGGGGGGCCAGUUUCUUCCAGGCAUGUCUUUGAUUUUUCUGGGCAAAGUUCCUCAGCCAUCACCAACAAACGUUGUUUCCGUGGACAAAAAGAUCUCCGCGGGCCGGAUGAGAGGACGUCGCGGGCCGCAUCCGGCCCGCGGGCCGUAGUUUGGAGACCCCUGUUCUAAGUUCAACUGGACUUAAGUGUUUUGGCCACCUCACUUAGUUUAUAAUGUAUUCCUUGUCUCUUGUUGACUUCUAUCAUUAAGUAGACUAAUUAAACAAGAGCCAUUUUAUAGCAGGAUUACUUUCUAUUUUUGGAGUACUCGUGCACACACACACACUGCUGUGCAACUCACAUCCUCUUUGGUUAGCAACUCACAUCCUAGUUAUUUUAAGGUUUGUGUUGGCCAGUGGUAGCCAUGGGGGAGGGGUAUUUGGUUUAGUUGAUUUUCUUCUUUACUGCUAAUGCUAACUUUCAUCUCGCUUUAGGCAGUUCUGGUAAUUUUUUAUCUCAAAAUUUUAUUUUAAUUAUCUAUUUACUUCCAUGAUUUCAAGUAAAAAUGAUAAUAAAAAGUGAUACUUGGAGAGGGUAAGCUCAUUGCUGAAGUGUUCUUAUGUGAAUACUGAUAAGAUAUCACUGUGUGAUGUGUCUGUUUGCCCUUUAUACUGAGAUACAGGAACAGUUUUUUUUGGGGGGGCUUACAACAUUUGGAGUCAUUGAAAAGAUUUCAAUAGCACUUAAGGCCAGGAAAUUUGAACUUAAGAAUUUAGAGAGAAAAGCUGGCUUGACUAAUUGUCUUUGUUUUUUCACAAUAGAGCAUAUAUAUUUCUACCUACCUCAUGUCAUUAAAUCUAGGCUUUCCCAAGGUUUUACUGGUUAUUUUUAAAAAUUAAACUUUUUAGGAUAGCAUAUUAUUAUUCUUGCUUGCAGAUUCAUGUGACAUAAAGAAAUAGUUGAGUAUAUGAUGGGCAUGAGAUUAAAAGUUUAAAUUCUUGUCUAUAGAUUAGAAGCUGCACAUCUCAUGAAAUGUAGUUAUUUGUUGAAAACAUGGUCAAAAUAAUGCACUGGUUGACAAUAUUUCAAAUACAUUUUUGUACUCAUUCUACAUACUACAGUUGAAGGCAACAAUCCUAAAAUAAUGUUUCUGUGUUUCCCUUAACUAGAGCAAAACCACCUGCUCCCUCUGUUAGAAAUGAGUACAUUCAGCUAAAAGUAAGCAAGUGAUAACCAGCUUUAUCCGUCCUGAGGUGGACAGUUUGUCUGAUAACUGUAGUUUUAUAACCAAUUAGUUUGUUUGCUCAAACCAGCAUUAGCCAAAGCUAAUGCAGCUCUUGUUAUCGUUUCAUUUUGAAGUGGAGCUUUUUCAACUCAUCAAGAUGUUUUAAGAUAACAGCUUGUAUUUUUCUCUUCUAAAUACCAGCAGCUGAAGAUAUUAUAAAAAAACCUUUGGUUGUGUUUUCUUGUAUAUAACUACAGUUUAGAUCAUGUGACUAGGUUUAUUUCUCAAAGCACAACAGCAACUAUUUUCCUUAAUGGACAUGGGUGGUUAAAGAUUUCAUCAGUCCAUUUCUUUAAAAGUGUCAGGUUUGAAAGUCUUUCCAGUCUAAAUUCAAGUUUUCUAUUUCUAAGCCACACCUUGGUGUAAUAACAUUAUUUCCUGUUUGAUGUAAUCUAGUCCAGGAACUUGCUCUAAACAUUUACUGCUGGCAAUAUCUUGCACAUGCAGGCUACUCUGUUGGUUGCUGGAUCCUUACUUUGACUUUUUCUAAUGUUACAUUACAUAUUCAAAACUUAUGUUGAAAUUGAAAACUAUAAUAUAAAAACUCUUUGUGGUUAAAGAAACUCCUUAAAUAAAUGAUUAGAGAAAUUGAACAAUGCCCAUAAUUUUAUAUUCUCAAUGGUAUGUUACUUGUUUAUAUAACAUUUUAACUUGCUAGUAAAACAAUAACUUGUUUUCAUUAGUGAGCUCCAUGUUUUCAAGUGUGCAUGUGUGUAACUGAAUUGAAAGUGGGUUUGGUUUUAUUUGUUUUCUUUUUGACUUAGCUGUCAUCACUGCCAUUUUUAAAAUCUUAAUUAUAAAUGGAAUUUUAAAACACUUAAAUGGACAUAAAGUGCUCAUCUGCACAUAAUGUGGUUCUUAUGUUUACAUACAUACCAUUAUGAUUUGUUGUCACCAAUUUGUUGUCAACUCUGGGCGGAGCAUGUGUUUAAUGUAUUGUUGUGUCACUUUUCUCCUAAUUGUCUGGUCUUGUGCUAGCCUGUCUGUUUGUAUGUUGUUACUGUAGUUUCAAAAUUGAUAAUAAAAAAUUGACAAAUCAA